CUGCAGCAGCACGCUCCCUGUGCAUGAUCAGCUCAUGCACAAGAUCUCUUCCAGCUCCCAGGAGGACUCACGCGGACCACAAAACUUCCCCCUCCCCCGGCUUGACUUUGCUUUCCUGUCGUGGACGAGAGCCACACGCGUGGAUGGUUAUGUUUGACCAGGAGCCCUCGCCACCGUCAGACCAGUCAAAUGUGACAGCCAGGCCCUCCGUCGCCAUAGAGACCAGCAACAACAUGGCCGUCACAGCAGAGGUGAGCCCGCCGCCACCCGAAGGGCUUUCGGAGAACGACAGUGGCGUGGAGCUGACCAAUGAGAACAGCCCGCUGAACGCUGCUGAACCGCCAUCCCCCUUCAGCCCCAAGCUGAGCGGCGGUGCGGCGUCGCCUCAAGGUGACAAGGCUAACUCUGACGGUAACGUGCACUUGGAAGGAGGCGGGGCCAGAGCCAGGAUGAGGUCCAGUGAGGAGGACUCCGUCUGGGACUCCUACAGCAAAGAGAAGCCUUCAGCACCGUCUCAGCUGGCUUUGAGAGAAAGGCCGCGACCUCGAACCAUCUUCCAGGCCGGCCUGGCGCCGCACGCCAAGCCGCGCAGACAGUCUGGCAAACACGAGCACGUCUUGUCAAUGCGUGCGCGAGCUUCUCGGGUGCGCUUGUCCACCGGGGUCCCUGAGGCGCCCCGUCUGGAUCUGGUGGAACAAGACUCCAAGGACUCGGCCCAGAGCGGCAGCAGCUUGUCCAGCUGUGACACGCAAACGGAAUACAACGACAAUAAGGGCUUCAGCAUCGGUGAGCUGGUGUGGGGGAAGAUCAAGGGCUUCUCCUGGUGGCCCGGCAUGGUGGUGACGUGGCGCGCCACUGGCAAGCGCCAGGCCAGCCACGGCAUGAGGUGGCUCCAGUGGUUUGGAGACGGAAAGUUCUCAGAGGUUUCCGCGGACAAACUGGACUCCAUCAUGGCUUUCCCCAAGUUCUUCAGCCAGGCGUCCUACACCAAGCUGGCGUCCUACCGCAGGGCCAUCUUCCAAGCUCUUGAGAUGGCCAGCAUCCGGGCAGAGAAAAAGUUCCCCCCCUGCGAGUCGGACAAUCCUGACGACCGAGUGAAACCCAUGCUGGACUGGGCACAUGGCGGCUUCCUGCCCAAAGGCGAGGAGGGACUCAAACCCACGCACAGCGCAGACAACAGCCCUCCAGGUCUUCAAGUCCUGGACGUGUCCCUGCCGGAUUAUCCCCCCAGUGCCAAGCGGCCCAGAAUCAGCGUUUGCAAGAACAAGGCCGGCCCUGAAGAAUCCUACAGCAGAGAACAAAUGGUCAAUGAAGUGCUGAAGAACAAAAGAAGUAUAGAAGAGUUCUGCCUCUCCUGUGGGAAGAUGAGGGCAGCGACCUUCCAUCCACUCUUUGAAGGAGGCCUGUGUCAAACAUGCAAGGACGUGUACCUGGAGACAUCUUACAUGUACGACGAUGACGGCUACCAGUCCUACUGCACCGUCUGUUGCGGGGGGCGAGAGGUUCUGCUGUGCGGCAACGCCAACUGCUGCAGGUGUUUCUGCGUGGACUGUCUGGACAUCCUGGUGGAUCCAGGGGCAUCCAACAACGCUCGCUUCCUCGACCCGUGGCGAUGCUACAUGUGUCAGCCGCUGCUUCAGUACGGCGUCCUCAAACGUCGGCACGACUGGAGCGUCAAACUGCAAGAGUUCUUUGGGAACGACAACGGCCAAGAGUUUGAAACACCAAAGAUUUACCCAGCGGUCCCUGCAGAGCAGAGGCGACCGGUCCGAGUCCUCUCCCUGUUUGACGGCAUCGCCACAGGCUACCUGGUCCUGAGAGAUCUGGGCUUCAAGGUGGACCAAUACGUGGCGUCCGAGGUGUGCGAGGACUCCAUCUCUGUCGGCGUUGUCCGACAUGAAGGAAAGAUCCAAUACGUCCACGAUGUCCGAAACAUCACCAAGAAAAAUAUCCUUGAAUGGGGUCCAUUCGACCUGGUCAUCGGGGGAAGCCCAUGCAAUGACUUAUCUAUCGUUAACCCAGCAAGGAAGGGCCUCUAUGAAGGUACAGGGAGGUUGUUCUUUGAGUUCUACCGUCUGCUGAGCGAGGCCAAGCCCAAAGAGGGAGAGAACCGACCUUUCUUCUGGAUGUUCGAGAAUGUGGUCGCCAUGGGUGUCAAUGACAAGCGGGACAUCUCACGAUUCCUGGAGUGUAACCCUGUGAUGAUUGACGCUAUUGAGGUCUCUGCUGCCCACCGUGCUCGAUACUUUUGGGGGAACCUGCCGGGCAUGAACAGACCUCUGUGUGCUUCUGGGAUGGACAAGCUGGAGCUGCAGGACUGUCUGGAACAUGGCCGAGUGGCAAAGUUUGGAAAGGUGCGCACCAUCACCACACGCUCCAACUCCAUCAAGCAAGGAAAGGACCAGCACUUUCCUGUCCUGAUGAAUGGCAAGGAGGACAUCUUGUGGUGCACGGAGCUGGAGAGGAUCUUCGGCUUCCCCGUCCACUACACAGACGUGUCCAACAUGGGUCGAGGUGCUCGGCAGAAACUCCUAGGCCGGUCCUGGAGCGUCCCUGUCAUCAGGCAUCUUUUUGCACCGCUCAAAGACUUCUUUGCCUGUGAAUAGAUACCACCCAGCACAUACACACCACCCACCAUCGGGAAAUAGCAGCCGCUUGUCACCAUUCAUCACCGGCAAAUAGAUGCCAAAAUAGCACACAGGCACCAUCCAUGACAAGAGAUGCCGCCCGUCACCAGGAAAUAGGCACCAUCCAUCACCAACUGAAAGAAACCUGUUUCCGGCAAAUAGAUUAUUAGACAAUAGUUACUAGAAAAUAGUUUUUAUCGCCAGAAAAUAGACAACACACAUCACCAGCGAAUAAAUUCACAUGUCACCAGGAAAUAAACUUCACCUGCCACCAUGAAACAGGAACAGGGGCCACCCAUUACCCGCCCACCAGAAAAUACACAACAUCCAUCUAUACCACUUGUACUCACUAGGGUUGCGGGUUACACCCUGGAGUAGUCGCCAGUGACAGACCCCAAACUAGUAAAUGGUUAUCACCAGGCAAAAGACCCACUCAUCACCAGCUGAGCUUGACAACCUGUUGCCAGCAAAUAGACGCUACCUAUCACCAGCAAAUAGACACCUACCAAUAGCUGCGAAUUGUCAUCAUUCAUCACCAGAGCCACCCAUGAUAGGAAAUGCCACCUGUCACCAGGAAAUAGACACUAUCCAUUCCUAACAGGCCAUCAAUCGUCACUAUCAAAUAGACCAUAAACCUGAGCAAACUGGUACCAUCCAUGACAAGAGACACCACCUGUCACCAGGAAAUAGACACUAUCCAUCCCCAGCAGGGAGACACUUGCUACCAGCAAGACGCCACCCAUUACUAGCAAAUAGUUGCUAUCACCAGCAGAGCUAGACAACUUGUCACCAGCAAAUAGACACCACCUAUCACCACAAAAUAGACACCUACCAACAGCAGCCAAUUGUCAUCAUUCAUCACCACAGCCACCCAUGACAGGAAAUGCCACCUGUCACCAGGAAAUAGACACUAUCCAUCCCCAACAGGGAGACACUUGCUACCAGCAAGACGCCACCCAUUACUAGCAAAUAGCUGCUAUCACCAGCAGAGCUAGACAACCUGUCACCAGCAAAUAGACACCGUCCGUUACAAGAACAUAGUUGCUAUCAAUAGAAUAUACAUACACAAGCACCCAUUACCAGCAAAUAGAUGCCACCUGCCACCAGAAAACACCCGCCAGCUGUCAUCAGUGAAUAAAUGGCAACCAUGACCAAGAAAGAUGACACCUGUCAGCGGAAUCAAACACAUCCCUAGCCAAUAGAUGCAGCAAAUAAACCAGGAAAAUAAACACUCCGCCAGUAAAUAGACACCCCCUGGUUACCAAGAAGUAAACACCAGCUUUUCCUUUAAGUUCCAAUGUUGCUUAGUCGUUAGCUACCUGUUAGCGUCGUUAGUGUGUAUUGUUGCUGCUAUAGACCAAAGUGGACAGCUGCUACUUUGAGGUUUGAGUCCAAGUUGGGUUAUUACGUCAUAGAUCGCGUGGCUCAUCAUUGAUUAGUAAGAAUAUGAACAACUCGGUAGGAACCACUGUGUGCAACACAAGCUGGCAGACUGGAGGCUAGUGUUGGUUUUAUAUUGUACCAUUUUAUUGCUAAGCAUUCUUAGUGGUGUAUAGGCCUUUUUAUAGCUUUUUUAUGCUAUUGUUAGCCACACAUAGUAAAUCUAAGGUGUUAGAUUUCGAGCGUCUGUCAUAAAGCUGCAAACGUGCAAAUACUUGAACUAAAGCCAAAGCAAAAACAGCAAACUUGCCUUCUUCCCCGCUGAUGUGUUUAGCGAAUACUGCAGCCAACACCAGUUUACUGUCAUGGCUGGAAGCAGCGUGAGGCAGAAAAAGAAGGGUUUUUCUUGUUUUCUUUUUGAGUGUGGACCAAAGACACAACUGCCAGACCCUGCAAUGACUAUUAUUUCUGUGAACGAGCACUGACUACUUCUUGUUGUUGCCUGUUUUUUAUUUGAAUAACCUUGUUGCCAAACUGCUUUUACAUUUGACUACUUUUUUCCCAACAGUCCUGCAGAUACUUCCUGUUCAUUCCAAACAUGUUGACAUAGCUUUUGAAAUGUGACAGUUGGAAGUGUUUUAUUUUUGUUACAUUACCUCAAAGUGUGCAUCACUAAGCUGUAAUGACUACUGGACGCUUGGCUUUUGUAAUUACUGGAACUUGUUGGCGUACCAAGUGAGCAACAAUCACACUCACACCGAGUCUAUUCUUUAAACGCACAAUUCUUAGGGGACAGUUUGGUUCAGUGUCAAAGUCAUCUCUGGUGCUCCAACUCUGCCGAUGGGAACGUGACAGCUCCCUCUAAGGACCAAAAAGUGUUUACAUGUUUCAUUCAUGCAAAAAAAGGAAUAGUUUGUCAUUUUGUACCUCUUUUGCGUUGUUGCUUAUUUUAGCAAAUACUAGUCAUCCCAUAGAGCGAGCACACUGUCUUGUAGGUUUAACGUUUAACUUCCUUUUAGGAAUAUAUUUGUUUACUUUUAAACUUGAUUGCAAAAACAUAUUUUUUUCUAUACCUUUUUGGAUAAUUCCUCUGUAUUUUGAUAUAUUUGUAGAAUUUGUACGCAAUAAAGGGCAGCUUA